CUGCACCUCACCACAAUCUUAAUUAUAUCCCUAAGCCACGGACUUGCCACGCUUAUGGCGAAGGAAACCUCCCUUCUUCCCGGCCCACCGCCUGCGCCAACCUUCAAAGAGGCCCUCAAAGAAGACAAAGCACAAUUCGACGACUGCACACCCUGCCGGGUAGUAGGCAGCGCAGCAUUCAUUGGCCUCGGCAUAUACACAUAUGUCUCCGGUCACUCGCAGUUGAAGGCGCAGGAAUCCGUUAUCAAGGCCAGCGGAAGUAGGUUUGGCAUGGCACCUCGACGGGUCGGAUUGACGGGCAUGGCGGCCGGUUUGGUCGGGUUGGGUGUAUACAGAUGGUUUGCUUAGACUGGGAUUGUCGGGCGAAAAGAAACAUCACAUGGUAAAAGGGCGUUCAGUGGCUGGAUGGAAAUACCCAAUACAAAAUGCAAGGUCGGCCUUUGGUGCAGCUGCAAGGAUCGGAGUUUGUAAGAUAGAUGUGUAUUUGUCGCUUCAGCGAAGAAACCAGGUUCUAGAAUCGCUGGUGUUGAAUGUAUGGCCUGUAUGAGCAGAAACACCAUAUCUCUCCAUCAUAGAACACCGAAAAUAUAUUCCUCCACCUACGCCUCCAUCUCC